GCAUUUAGCGCGGGGCCCUUGAAAGUGCGGGGCCCGUAGCUACUACAUAUUUAGCUAUUACACGUGUAGCUACUGCAUAUGUAGCUACUUGUGCUACGAGCAUCCGGCACUGAUUACAACCCGAGCGUGUCAUCAAGCAACGGCCAGAGUUGUGGAGAAAUCCUCCUCCUGUUGAGUGCGGUUGUCGGCUGUGUGGGGUGGUGGUGGGGUUUAACGACACAAUUAUAUAUAAAAACACAUCUGGGAUCAUAGGGGAAAAAAACUCAAUUCAUGUUUUGUUUCUGCAGGCCAAAAAUGUUUGAGUAGUAAGGAAGAACGAGUCCAGAUAAUUCUACUCGUAGGAAAUCGGAGACAGAGGUCGUCGCUGUUGAAUGUAACAGACUGCAUCCAGACCGCAAGCCAAUAACACAGAGCUGCGUUAGCAAACUGGUUACAAAGUUUAGGAAAACGGGAUUCAUACAAUAUAAAAAAAAACACGCAGUGGACCUUCGAGGAGUCGUGUACCAGGAACAACGGUGGACACAUUGAGCACGUUGCUCUGUGAUUAAAAAGCGUUAUUAUUGCCUUUUUGUGUGUAUUAUUGUCCCUGUGACUCCAGACUGAACUGCACCCACAUCGAUAACCCGCGGUCCUACUGCUGCCCACGUGCGCCUCACGCCGAGCCGCUUCCCGCUUCCGCGUUGCCCCCCCCCCCCCACACCUCAUCCCUGCAUCCCCAUUGGCCGGAGGGCCCGCGGCCCCCGAGCCAAUUGGACGAGCGCGCGGUGUCACCCGCGCAUAGCAACGGCAAUUGUUGGUGCGCCGUUGCCAGGGAAGCCACUUUCAAAAACAUUUUUUUAAACCAUAUAGCAACUUUAGGAGCUUUUUCCAAGCGGCUUUGGAGAGUCGCGGGCAAGAAAGUCGCGGCAGUCCCCCCCCCCGCCGCCCCCGGUUACUCGUUAACCCGAGGGCAGCCCCGACGCAACCACGCGACGCGCCAAUCUCGCGUCACGAAAAGCGCCGUUCACGAACGCCUCCCCCCACACCGGCUCGCGGCACUUGUUUACGCGUUGCCUAGAAAUUAGCCCCGGGAGCCUGCGCUAGGCCGCAGGGCGGUUGCGACGUCCGCCGGGGGUUGUGUGGGUGGGUGGAUGAAGUGAGUCGGGUUGGGCUCUUUCCCUACUUUGGCCCCGGGGGGGCAUGGCAUUGGAGCUGAGCGGGGUCGGGAGGAGUGGGCAACACGGGUCGGCGUUCACGGCGUCCACGGCGAAGUCAUCGAGUUACCGAGGCCAUAGCGACGGUGGUGAUGGUGGUGGUGGUGAACAUGCAGAGUCCUGUGGUGGACAGAAUAAAGAGAACGUGGAUUUGCAGAGCGCGUUCCGCCAGUUCAGGGAGAAGAGGAAGGCAGAGCUGCGUCUGCUGGGAGCGCCGAUGCCCGCGGGGGUCCCGGGACCGUGCAGGGACCCCGAGCGCGAAUCGUGGCUGCGGUCGCUGUUCGUGGAGCGCGUGCGCUCCUACACGGGCACCCCCUACGCGCAGAGGCACCACCGGCCCGGCAGCCCCGAGUUCGAGUCCCCACUCUUCCUCGACCGCUGCGGGCUGGUGCGGCGGGCGCUGAUGGACCUUCGCGCCGAGCUGGGCUUCUCGGUGGGGCCGUGGAGCCAGGCCUACCUGUACGACACGCUGCCCCUCGACGUGAGCGGCCCCGCCGACAUGCAGCCCGGUGACCUCGUCUUCACCACCGCCACCUACUUCGACCCCACGGCCAAGCGGCACCCGCACGGCGUGGUGCACGUGGAGGUGUGGGCGGGCCACGGCGAGCGGACGGUGGCCGCCCGCUGGCGUCGCGGCCGCGUGCAGGAGUUCCCCUCCUACCGCUUCGACUCGGCGGCGUACGGCGACGCGCGCUAUCACUUCCGCUCCAUCAGCACGUGGCUGCAGGGAGUGUGCGUCAGCCACUGCAGCGAGCACGCGUGGGGUCGCUGUCGCCGAGACUUUCCCGGCCCCAAGUCAAUCUUCUGCCCAGACGACGGCGCGGAGCGCGAGGACGUGGGCCACGUGGCCCAGAGAGGGCCACAACAAAAACAACAACAACAACAACAACAUCGCGGGGUCGAGAAUUCACCACCACCACCACUACCACCACCACCACCACCGUCGCAUGACCAAUGGCUCGUCACGACGAAACCAGCGGAUUCUCCGCCGCACGGCAACAGCAACAACAACAACAACAACGACGACGGCGACGACGACGACGACGAGGAGGAGGAGGAGUCCUCCUCCGGCCUCCAGGAUUUUUCCUCCGCUCUGCUGCCGCUCCAGGAAGUCUCCGCGGAGAAGCAGCAGACGUUGGUGGGGUCCUCGCGGGAGAGACGGCGGCGGCAUCAGCGGGCAUCAACCUGCGAGCCGUCCGCGGCGCCGGUGCCCGCUCGGCGUGCCGGCGCCGGUGAAGGCGGCGGCGGCGGCGGCGACGUCGACGGCGGCAGAGAAUCGGCGACGCGGAGCCGGCGAGACGCGCGGGGGGUCCGCGCGAGCCGGCGAACGUGGGAGACGGUGGCGGCCAUGGCGGCGGUGGGCGGAGGGGCGCGGGCGGCAGAGGAGGAGGGCGAGACGCCGGGGUGGCCGCAGGGGGCCGCGGAGGCCGCAGGGGGCGGCCGCACGGGGCUCCCAGGUGACGAGUUCGGAUUGGCCACCGUCACGCUGGCCCUGGCGUUGACGCUCGAGGCGCUCGUCGUUUUGUUCUUCGUCGUUCUGUGA